UGAACUCCGGCGACCUCAUGUUCAUGCUCUCUUUGUCUCAGUUUUUUUUUUUCCUUGGAUAUAUUUUGAUUUUGUGCAUGUGCACGUUUAAUGCUUUGGUGAGAUGAUGGAGUACUUGUGCACUUACCUACUUCCGGCCCUCCGGAUUCAAACUUAGAAGUAAUAUUCCAGACUCGUUGCUUAAUUAAAAUGAAAUUUGGAACGCCUUUCAAUGGAUGCAUGAAAGUGGUGGUGUUGAAGUGUUAAUUAUAUGACACUGUUAUCAGAGACUUGGAGCGAAUGGGUAUGGGUACAUCAGCAAUGAACAAGGAAAAAUUGAAUGAUGGUAAAGGCAAUAAUCGUAGUCUGAGUGAACGAUGGAAGCAAAGGGAGAUGUUCCUUCUUAUAACUUAUGCAUUUGUUUUCUAUGUCAUCAUCAUCCGCCGGUCUCUUCAACUUUCUAAUGAUUACUACAAACUGCUCUACGGUUUACAUCCAGGAUGGCUUACACCUCAUCCCCUCAAUGAUGUCUCAGAUGCCCAGUGGAGGAACUUUCGAGGAAAUAUACCUGUUCUUACUAUUGUCUUUGGACUUUUCACUCUGCUGGCAACAUUGAUGAGAUCGUUCUUUCGUUUGAAACUGAGGGGAAUGUCCACUGCCUGGCUUUUGUUUUCUUUGAUGUACCUAUCAUAUCUGCAUGGAGCAUGUGUCAUUUUUGUCCUAUCAAUAGCCACAGUUAAUUUUCUUCUGGUAAAGAUAUUUGCACGAAAGAAGUAUUUUACACUCAUAGUUUGGAGUUAUAACUUAUUUUUUCUUCUCUGCAAUCGCGUUUAUGAAGGAUAUCCAUUCUCUACAUUUGGGAAACAAUUGGCAUUUUUGGACAACUACCGAGGCACUUUUAGGUGGCACAUUUGCUUCAACUUUGUUGUUCUGCGUAUGAUAAGCUUUGGAUUGGAUUAUCAUUGGUUGAAUCAAGAGUCUCGUAUUGAUCAGGAGAAGCAUUAUCAACGUUGCCAAAUUUGUAAAUCAGGAAAACCUUGCUACCAAAUUUUGCAGGAGAGAAGUUUGCAAAGUGACAAGUUCAGAUAUACCACUUACCUUUGUUAUCUGCUAUAUGCACCACUUUACAUUGCUGGUCCAAUAGUUAGCUUCAAUGCUUUUGCCUCACAGCUGGAUAUUCCCCAGAAUAGUAAUUUAAACAAAAAUGUGAUAUGCUAUGGUUUCCGUUGGGCAUUGAGUCUUCUUCUUAUGGAGUUAAUGACACAUUUAUUUUAUUAUAAUGCCUUUGCAAUCAGUGGUUUGUGGAAGCAAUUGUCUCCUAUAGAUGUAUUCAUCAUUGGAUAUGGGGUCUUAAACUUCAUGUGGUUAAAAUUCUUACUGAUCUGGCGCUAUUUCCGAUUCUGGUCACUGAUAAAUGGCAUUGAGAUUCCAGAGAAUAUGCCAAAGUGUAUCAAUAAUUGCCACAGUUUGGAGGGCUUUUGGAAAAAUUGGCAUGCUUCCUUUAACAAGUGGCUUGUGAGGUACAUGUACAUUCCUCUUGGGGGGUCUCAAAAGAAGCUACUCAAUGUAUGGGUCAUAUUCACAUUUGUUGCUAUUUGGCAUGAUUUGGAGUGGAAGCUUCUUUCAUGGGCUUGGUUGACAUGCUUAUUCUUUAUCCCUGAGUUGGUACUGAAGUCAGCAGCGAAGGCAUUUCAGGCUGAAAGUGGUUUUGGGGAAUAUUUAGUUCGUGAACUCAGUGCUUUCGCUGGUGCUGUCACAAUUACUUGUCUCAUGGUGGCAAAUCUGGUUGGCUUUGUUAUUGGACCUGGAGGUGUCAACUGGUUGCUUUCUUCUUUCACUAAAAAAGAAGGACUGCCAGUUCUUGUUGGCUUACUUCUGUCGUUUUACGUGGGAACGAAGCUUAUGUUCCAUAUAGCUGAAGCAAGACAAAGGUCGCCCUGAACUGGGACAUCUGUUGCCUUAUUACUAUGGUAUUGCUCUCAGGUUAUUCUAAGGAAAAAGAACAAGUAAAUCUGUCGGAAAUGGAUUUGGUGUACGUGGUUUGAGAUUUUAUCAAGUUUUCCUGCCAGUUUUCUCCGGACAUGGAUGCUCAUUCUUGAUUACUUUUCAUAA